AUGUUCAAGUGCCGGGUGUGCUCGAUAGUCCCGUUCGCGAGCUUCUUGGGGCUUUUUGAGUCCGAUGACGACGAUGAGAACAAGCAUGUGCGCAAAAGCGGCGGCAGCGACUGUGACUCGACGCCAUCAGCGAUUGCGAGCGAGACCCCCCAUUCCGUGGCGGAGAGUGAGGUGGAGCGGGAUCGGAGAAGCGCCGAGGAGGUGGCGUAUCUGGUGAAGUCCUGGGACACUUAUGUCCACGAGCGCGCCAAGGCGAUGUACAAAACUCCAGCGAAGCGCUACUCAAUACUGGCCAGCAUAGCGAAGGGGUGCGGACGUGCUGAUGACCCGAUUCUCGGCAACGAUGUAGCCUGCGUGCGAUGGUACGGCGACACCGAAGACGGCAACCCCGUGAUCAGCUACAGCAGCACAGGGGACGCUAAAGGCAAAAUCACGUACGUCACACGUAUGAUGGUUUUCCUCUUCGCAGAUCAGCAGUCCUACGAGAUUAUAGACAAGGCGGGCUGCCGCUCGUUCAAAAUGGCGUGUGGCAACCGUUGGUGCAUAAAUCUCACGCACAUUUCCCUCGCAUGA